AGAAAAAUGGGAAAAGGAAUUGUGUCUAUACGGGAGUGUGGGGGUUCACCAGGAGGAUAACAUUUGAGUAGAGUUCUUAAGGAAAUGAGGAGCAAGCUACCAAGCUGUGCCAACAUUUGAGAAAACAGCAUUCUGGACAGAUGGAAUGGCUUCUUUCAUCUCACAGUGUUUUACACCAGUCACAUAUCCACACAAGUGUUUCUCUUGACAUUUCUCGAAAAUGGGAGAAGAAGAAUAAAAUUGUUUACCCUCCACAACUGCCUGGAGAACCUCGGAGACCAGCGGAAAUCUACCAUUGUCGAAGGCAAAUAAAAUACAGCAAAGACAAGAUGUGGUAUUUGGCAAAAUUGAUCCGAGGAAUGUCCAUUGACCAGGCUUUGGCUCAGUUGGAAUUUAGUGACAAAAAAGGGGCCCAAAUAAUUAAAGAGGUUCUCUUAGAAGCACAGGAUAUGGCAGUGAGAGACCACAAUGUGGAAUUCAGAUCCAAUUUAUAUAUAGCUGAGUCUACCUCAGGGCGAGGCCAGUACCUGAAACGCAUCCGAUACCACGGCAGAGGUCGCUUUGGGCUCAUGGAGAAGGUUUUUUGCCAUUACUUUGUGAAGUUGGUGGAAGGCCCCCCACCUCCCCUUGAGGCACCAAAGACAGCAGUUGUGCACGCCAAAGAGUACAUUCAGGAGCUUCGCAAUCGGACCAUCAUUCACACCCUAUAGUGGGGGUAUUCAGAUUCUACAUUGUAAAUAUUUUGCCAUUUAUUUCCUAGAAACAAACAAAAAUUAAAGACAAAUGCUUUUUAUGAUUUGCCAUUGACUUAUUGCAAUACCAAGUACAGCUGCUAGCUUAUAUGAGUAUUUAUAAGACUUUGCCCAUCUCUCUUGAGCCUCUGGGUAUAUUUAUGCAUUUGCAACUUGGAAAGGGAAAUAAAUCAGCUUUAAACAUAAUAACAGGUUAUAAUUUAGAAGGCUUUUCUGAGUACUCUUUAAAAGGAAUGUAAUUCUCCAACUAAUGUCCUGCAGCUGGCAGUUUUGAUACUGGACUUGAGUAGAAUGUUAUGGGAUAAGAAAGCUUGUCAUUACAUUAUUUCACUUGAUUUCUUCUUGGUAUUGUGAAGGGGUGAUGGAGGUGAGUGUAGCUGAAUGUUGUUUCAUUGCAGUGUUUUAGGGCAUUUGUAUUUCUUUUUUAAAUUUCCUUCCAUUGUUGGCAUAGGCCAGUGGGUGAGGGAUUAUAUUUUCCUUUACUAUUUUAGCAGUAAUGUGAAAUUACAGGAGUUUACUAGAUAUCUUAAUCUAAAACUCUGAAAAUGCUUUAACUUAGUUUUUUUCUAGUUAAAUAAAGACUGCUAUCGGGUCUGCUUCCAACAAUGCUUUACAUUGCCUGGGUAUCUUGUUUAGGAUUGAUUCAUUUUUCAGAGUGAAUUCAAUUCCCAAGUGAGGAAUUGAACCAAUCUCAGCACUGCAUUCUAAAAUAAGGCAGUAGGUGGCACUUAACACUUGUUAAAAGAAAAUUGUCAGUAUUAAAUUAGAGUGUUCAGCACUCCCUGGCUCUCACUCAUACAUGUAUUUUCAUUGACAAGAAGCACUCUGUUCUCAGCCCUAGUCUGGUGUUACUCAAACUUUCUGUAUGCAGAAGAACGUGGGUACUUACUUGUUAAUGCAGACUUCUGGAUCUUGCCCCAGUAAUUCCUAUUCACUAGGUCUUAUGAAAGGCCUGUUCCAAAAAUCUGUGUUUUAAACAAGCAUUUACAGACCACACUUUGAGAACACUCCUCUGACCAAAUGAAGAAUGUAGUUUUAGUGCCAUGUUUUAUGAUGGCACCAAUAUAGCGACAAUUUACUGGGACCACUUUAUUUGCCAAGCUCAGUAUAGUAUUUUACAGAACUCUUCACAACAUCCUGCAAGCAUAGGUACUGUUUUGCUAUUUCAUAAAGGAAGAAAUCAAAGCACUCAAAAUUUGAAAAAGUAUCUUAGGGUCACCUAGUGUAUAAAUAUUGGAGCUAUGAUUUAAAGGAGGUUUGUAAACUACCUGCUUAGUUAACGAAUAUACAGAUGGGUUUUGUGCCUCUCCAGGUAACUAGUGCAUGGGUAAAAAGGCAAAGGUCUGAGUGGAAGGAAUAAGCCACAGAUUUAGGACAGAUUCAUUCUGGGUCCUAAGCUACUGUAGCAUGGAAUCAUGUAAAUAAUGCUGGAAUGGUAAAAGGUGACCUUCAUUCUAGUCCUGGCUCGUUAACCAGAAAGAAGACUUUGCGCAGGUCUCUUUCUCUCCUGGGCCCCCAUUUCAUUCAUCUCCAAAACAAGUUGUUCAGUGUUCUCUGUAGGCCACCUUCAUCAGAACUGCUUGAAGAACUUGUUAAAAAAUGCAAACUUCUGGGCCCUACUCUGAGGUUAAGUGAAUCAGAAUCUGGUGUGGGAGACCAGGGGACUUGAGCUUUUUACAAAUGCCCCUUGAUGUGCUUGCUGGAGAAUCAUUGGUCAGAGGGUCUCUGCUGUCUUUCAGUGCAGAUGCUCCAUGAUUUUUAGCCUUGGAGUUCUAACUUUUUGGGUGCAACUAAGACAAGCAGGCAGUAAUGUGGACUCCGUAACUAUAAAUUACGUAAAUGAAGGUGCUGCUUCAGUCAGGCUGUUAGAGCUAUUCUGAAAGAGUUAAGGACAAAACAGAGCUUGGAUUCUAGUGGGGAAAGUAUGCUUGUGAUCUAUGGUUGAUACUUCAUUUAAAAUUGCUUCUGGUGUGUUACAAAGUGUAGUAAUAGCUACACUGUGUAGUACUAACAUGGCACUAUGUGCCUCAAACUGUUUUAAGUACUUUAUAUUCAUUAUCUCGAUGAAUCUUUCCCUCUGUGACUGGUGCAGAGUAUAUCUGCUUAAUUUCCACGGCUGAGAGUGCAUAACAUAAAUGAUCAUUGUGGUCCCUAUUUAAAGUUUAACUUUAAUAUUCAGGAAUGAAUGUCAAAUAAUUAUUCUUUAAUGGCAAUCUCUGAAUGAUUGUAAUUUCCUUCUUUGUCAGAGAAUGAUGAUGAACUUAAACUUCUUGUUGGGGUGCACAUUCAGAAAGUGUAACCAUCACAUUUGUGUAGCUCAAUAAGUGAUCAGCUGGUGGACAUGCCCAAGUAACCAGGUGAAGAAAUAGAACAUGACAGCAGCCCUGAAGUCGUUUUCAUGCCCUGUGCCAGUCACUAUCUACUUCUCUUCCCCAAAGGUAGCCCUUAUCUGGACUUCUGACAUGAUAGAUCAAAAACAAAAUGGUUAGCUUUUGCUUUUUGUCAACUCAGUAUAAUUUAUUGGCCAGCCUUUAAAUGUGUGGUGCUAAGGAUACAGGCAGUGAAAGAGGAAACAGCCCCUGCCCCAUGAAGCUCACAGUCCGAUGGGAGAGACAUUGUAAAUCAGUAAUUGCAAGUGUUUACCUGGCUGAGUAUAUGAAAAUAGAGGGAUGGGGCUGUGGGGACAGAAAUCAGGGCCCUCUGAAAAAUAGUUACUGUUUUUUUGGAAAGUUUAUUUCCUUAGAGAUAAAAUGAGGGAAAAAGUGUAAAUAUGGCAAAGUCAUAUGAGUCAGCAGAGAGCUAUAUCAGAAUACCAACUUGUGUUUUGUUUUUAACAGUAUGCACAUGAGCGCCACUACAUCCUUCCACAAGUUAAGAUGUAUGUGAGAUGUGGGAUGCAAUGGGGAAUAUAUUGUCUUUGGAGCUGAUUCAGAUUUACCAAACUUUAUUAGGCUCCAGCUAUGCCUGAGGGCUAAGAAACGUGAAGUAUACUGCAAACAUUGCAAAAUAAAAUGUAUGUGGUUUUCUGUAAGUGAUGAAAAAUAAUCAAGAGUUUUUGCAUGCAUUUCAUUUAAAUACAGAGUAUUAAGAUUAAAACUAAAAAUAAAAAAUUGUAGUAACAUUUUUUUAGGUACAGUCAUAUAUGUGGGUUUAAAACAGGAAAUGUUUUUGGAGUUGGUGAGCCCCCAACAGAUUCCAAAGCAGGGGAAAGUUGCUUAGGUGACAUUAUUAACACUUCUAGGAGUAGUUGUCUCUUCUUUAGCUACUGUCUCCUAUAUCAAUGUCUAGGGUCAAACCUCUACAUGAGAGCAUCAAAGUUCUAGCCCUUAUUCUUAAACCAGCCUACUGUGAAUUCUGUUUAUUGUUUAGGAUAUAUCUGUUAUGGAAUCACAAAUACGUUGGAUAGAAGAGAGGAAAUAUUGGUAGGUGAAUUAUACUUGUACACCCAAGUAAAAUAUUUUUUAUGCUUGUCUAGUAGGAACUUGAAUGAAUUAUUACUUUCACUUACAGACCAAGGAGCCUCAUUAAAAUUCUCUGGCAACUAAGGGAUGGCAAUAUUAGUAUCAGAGUGGAAUUUAAGGAAAAGGCACCUAAGUGAACCUAAUAGGGUUGUUUAAUGUGCAUACGGAGGAACACAUUCUAUAGUCAACUUGAGAAAAUUUCUAAGUCUGCAGAAGGUCAUCUGCAAGUUCCAGGUAUUCAUAGUAGCCCCAGGAUAAGAAAUCCUGAUUUAAAUGGUGUAAGUUCAUUUAUCUGUCUCGCCACAGUCAUUUGUUCUUUCCCUAUACCCGUGCUCUUUGCAUUAUGACUGCAGUUCUUUUAUUAAUAGGAGGCAUCUCUUCUGACUUCUUGAAUUUGGGCUAUGUGACUUCUUUAGCCAACGCAAUGUGGCAGAAGUCACAGUUUGCAGUUUUCAGCCUAGGACUCGCUCACUUCUUCUUUCUUUCUUGGACCUCUGCUUCUGCCAUGUGAACAAGCCUAGGCUAACCUGGAAGAUGAGAGACCAUGUGGGGAGAGUUGUGUGCCCCCAGCUUUCAGCCAGCCAACCACUAAUUGGUGAGAGCCCAGCUUCCAUUGGUACAGCUGUCUACCCACCCACAGAUGCUCACAUAAGCAUGAAUGGACCUGGAUGAGACUAACAAAAUCACCACCAACUGACGUCAUGAAGAAUAGUAAGUUCUUACAGUUUAAGCCACUGAAACUUAAGGUGGUUUGUUUCACAGUAGCUGUUAUAAAUAUUUCAAACGUUGUACCGUACAGACAAUACUUAUCCUUUUCAAAUGACUAUAAGAAUUUGUAAAAUUAAUUCUAGGCUUAUCACAAAGAAGAUCUCAGUAGAUUCUCCCAAAUAUAUAGACCACUUUUUAAAAUUGUACUGCCCUACAGCUGGAAAUGUGUUGUUCUUUAAGAAAGUUUAAACAGUCUACUUCAUAAUAGAAGCAACUCUUGUUCUUUGAAAAGACAGAAAUCAUUGAAAUGGACAGAUCCUGUGCAUCCAAUCAAGAAAUAAAAAUAAAAACAAUUAGGUCUGAGAAAAAGACAUAAAACAUACAGAGAAAAUUAAGAAUCCUGUGUAGGAAUGUGCCAGGUCAUCCUAUUGUCUGCUUGAUUGACCUGGAACUACAUUUCCCAGAAUCCCCCUUUCUAUAUGGUUCUGCGUUAGAAUUGGCCAGAAGAUGAACUUGAGUAAUGUUUGGGAGUUGGAAAUGAUGUUCUCAUAAUUAUUAUUGCCUCCUCAUAUCUAUCACAGUAGUGCCUCAGUCUAAGACAACAUGCUAAUGCAGCAAGCAUCCCGUUCCAACAUCUUGUAAGACUAAGCAAAAGGGAACAACUAAAGAAUACUAGAUAGCUCAAAGGCUUUCUGAGUGGGCCCAAGAGCUCUAAUUUUAAGCCACAUAGCCAGAAACAAUGCAACUGGAUGACACAGCCAGAGGAAAAUUCCCUUCACCACAACAGGACUGUUCUAGCGGAAGGGCCACCCAUGGUGCUAUGGAUCUGACACCAGGAUUCCACCAUGGUUACUCUGAAAGGGCCAGUUACCUGUGCAGUGUCCUUGCUAGAAUGCAUGCUCUCCCAGUCUGUGACUACCUCUUCCCAUUGUUCUCUUCCUUAUCUGAAUCUGGAUUGGGUAAAAAUGCUUGGCAGAAAUGUCAUAUGACUUAAACCUUAACUAUAAGGGUGUCUAGAAAGUUACUUUUUUGUUUUCUAGCCUCUUAAAGCAUGUCAGUGUCCUCCAGCCAGAGACCACCAUAAACAAAACUGUAAUUGAACAAGUUGGGUUUACUACUUGCUGCAGUAAUGGAGAACACACACCAUGGGGAACCUUCAACAAGGGGGUUUUAGAAAACCUAUUACAGAAUCUGGGCUUUGGGUGAUUUGUGGAGUGUCUACGGAAGGGUUCCCUCUAGACUGGAUGCCAUCAGAAAGUGUGUGUGUGUGUGUAAUUCUAUGAUUGAGUAUCUCAAUAAAUUUUGUAUAUAGGGAAGGCAAACUAGACUGAGAAAAAAGGCACACUUUGAUAUUUUGUGGAUGGCACAGUGACUUUAUUUUUGUCUGUAUUUGGACAAAAUUAUGGUGUGGAUUUGCUUUAUCUCAUUUAAUCAUGGACACAGAGUGACCUUGUCUAAGUUGGUAUUGUGUGAGAUAGUUUAUAUCCAACAGGAGAACAGUAUGGCCUAAUGUUGAAUGUCUGGCCAGCUUCCCAGUGUCAGGGGCUACUCUUUUCUUUCUUAAGCACAACCAAAAGGGGAUUGGUUUGGCUGUUAAGUAAGUGAAUUUAGUGUAUCUUCCUCAGGUAUCAUUAUACUUAUUAGUGAAGCUGUGGUGUUUCCAAAGUCAGGUAUGAGUCAAGUAUGCCUACUACCUGUGGUCAUAUAGUAAUUCUUGAGACUUUAGUCAAAGGAGUAAGACAAAAUAAGAAAAAAAUCCUUGAGACAAAUUAUUACUUCCAUAUAACUACCCACCUAGGAACCCAAGAAAAUGAACUGAAAAAUUAUUACAAGGAGAGGUCAGUAAGGUAGUGUAAAAUCAGUAUACAAAAAUCAGUGCUUACCCUUUAAGUCAACAAUCAUCAGAUAGAAAAUACCCUUUUAAAAAGGCAUUAAAAUAGAGACUAAAAUGUAGAAUAUCUAGAAAUAAAUCUGACAUAAAAGUAUGCAGGACCCAUAUAAAUAAAACUCUAAAACUUACUGGAAGACUUGAAGACUUAAAUAAAUGGUAUGGCACACCACAUUCUUGGAUGGCAUAACUCAAUAAUUCAGCCAUUCAAUUCUAAUAAAAAUGUCAAACAUAUUUUUUUUUAACUAGACAAUAUAAUUCUAAGGUCACCUGGGAAGCUUAAUAAAAGGCUGAAGAAUUUUUGGAAGAUUAAGGGGUGACAUACUUCUAGAUAGAAAGAUUUAUUAUCCAAGCAACAUGAUUCCUAUGUAAGAAUUAAAAUAGCCUUCCAAAGAGGCUCGAGUAUAUACAUUUGGUAUAGGAUAAAGGUGGAAUUUAAAUGUCCUUACCCUCCUGCUUAAGAUAAACAAAGCUGCUAAUGUAAGCAUGUUGCUCCUCUCAUAAUAAUGAAAAAGUGACAGACAAACUAAAAAAUCAUUACUUUUGUUGGGCUGAUGAGAAAGAUGAGGUUGUGAGGCAACCAAGAGAGACAAGUCCCUCUGAGGAGAGAAUGGGCUUCACAAACUAUCUCCACCCUGGCAGAGCACAAGUAGAGGCACUGCCAUUAUCCAAGCAGGUGAGAGGAAACCGACUGAAUUGUAACAUAGUAUUGAAAUCCACGUGUGGGCUAGUGUGUAAAUGGUGGAGGAGCUCAUGCUCAGUUCUCUGCCUCUCCCUUCCCUCUCCCAAUAUUGUUGACAUUUCCAUGGACAUUUGCUUUAUGAUUUUUCAUUACCGUGCAGCCCUCUGUGUCCGUGCCAUAUUUUAUGAUAGAAGAAAAAGGUAAAAUUGGGGUCCAAAUGUAAUUUCCUACAUGGUACAUACAGAGGAUUUAGGCACAGACAGGCUGUCUAUUGGUGAAAAUUAAUUUUUUCCAUUUACUGGUCUGACUCUCCUUUCCCUAUCCAAUGCUGUGCCAGCCAAAGCAGCCACAUGAUUUAGCGCAAGUUAACAGACUCUGAACCUUACAAACUACAGCUAGUUUAAAAUAACCUAGGUUGCAACUGUGAGAUGUUUAAUAGAAAAAACAAAUAUCAGAGAAAUCUGACUUGGAAUGGAGAGAGCCUUUUUAAACAUCAAAAUAAAGGCAGAAGUCAUAAAAGAAAUGAUUAUAAAUUUGGCUACUUUCAAGUUAAAAAAUGAUAGACAAAUUUUAAAAUGUCAAAGCAGAAUUGAAAGAAUAUUUAAUUGGGGAAAAUGUUUUAAAAAUAUAUGGCAGAUAAAGGGUUAACAUUCUUGAAAUACAAAAAGCUCUUAUGAUUAAUAAGAUCAAUAUCCUAAUAGUGAAACACAAGGAAUCUGGAUAGACCAUUUUUUAAUGGAAGAAAUACAUACUAUUAUUAAGCAUUUAAAAAUAUUCUAUCUAGUAAUCAAAUAGUUGCAUAUUAAGAGUGUUCACAUGCCACACAUCCAGUUGUCUGGGGUUGAAAAGAAUGGGAACUUCUAGUAUUGGGAAGUUUUAGGGAAAAAGAACACUCUGAAGCACUUGGUAGGAGAGUGGUUCAGCACCAUUAACAAGGAGCCUCAAAAAUGCGUAUGCUUUGACUUAACAAGAUACGCACAAGGAUAUUACAGUAGUGAUGACUGGAAAUGACCUAAAACAUUCCAGUGACAGGGAAUUGGCCAGGUUAUGUUACCUUUGUAUACUUGGCAUUUUCUAGCCCAAAUGGCACCAUUGCGUAUCUUAGAAAAGAAGGCUCCUUUUAUUCCAGGGAGACCCCCAGGUCAGGCCCACAGCUGUGUAGGCAACAACUUGUACAUAGGACACCAUGGCUGUGAUACACACGUGUGAUGUAUGUAGCCAUUAAGACAUGUUUCUGAAUAAUUUGGAAUGACAUGGGGGUAUGCUCCCAAUAUGCUAUUGAUUUCCUGAAACAUGCAGUGCUAAGAAUCGUUUCUGGCCUGUAGUAAUAGCUAUUAUUUAAAAGAUAAGCUUUUAAGUGUGUGCAGCAUCAGCCCAAUUUUAAAAAGAGCAAUAUAAUCAUAGAAAGCAAGGGAAAAAAAAAAGACUAGAA